GCCAGCACCGCCGCUCGGAGCCGCGCGCAGCCGGCCGGCCGCCAUCAUGCUGAGCCGGCUCGGGGCGCUGCUACAGGAGGCCGUGGGGGCGCGGGAGCCUGGCAUCGACCUGCUGCAGGCCUUCGUGGAUCAUUGGAAGGGCAUCACGCACUACUACCUGGAGAGCACAGAUGAGAACACCCCGGCCAAGAAGACAGACAUUCCCUGGCGGCUGAAGCAGAUGCUGGACAUCCUGGUGUACGAGGAGGGCCAGCAGACGGCCGCUGCGGAGGCCGGGCCCUGCCUGGAGUACCUGCUACAGCACAAGAUCCUGGAGACUCUGUGCACGCUGGGCAAGGCCGAGUACCCACCGGGCAUGCGGCAGCAGGUGCUCCAGUUCUUCAGCAAGGUCCUGGCGCAGGUGCGGCACCCACUGUUGCAUUACCUCAGCGUCCACAGGCCCGUGCAGAAACUUCUCCGGCUUGGGGGGCCAGCCCCUGGGUCCCUCACAGAAAAGGAGGAGGUACAGUUCACCACAGUUCUCUGCUCCAAGAUCCAGCAGGACCCGGACUUGCUGGCUUACCUACUGGAAGGGAAAAAGAUGAUAGGAAGGAAGAAGUCAUCCAGGGAAACCAUUGCCCCACCCAGAGACACAGCCAGCCUUGGGUACAAGGACCCAGCCCACGGCAGUGCCCCCGCCGGGGGCCCCCAGCGGCCUGGCGAGCCCCGGGGAGCGCAGGCCUGGAGCAGCCCCCCGUCUGCUGAAGCCGAGGAGACGGAUGGGGGCAGCGGGGAGAGCAGUCUGAUCACCGCCCUGCUCGGGCUGUGCAGGAGCAAGAAGAGCCGGGUGGCUCUGAAGGCACAGGAGAACCUGUUGCUGCUGGUCAGUGUGGCCUCUCCGGCGGCUGCCACCUACCUGGCACACAGCAGCCCCUGCUGCCUUGCCAUCGCCGAGCACCUCUGCAGGCUCUACCACGCCAUGCCCGCCUUCCUGGAUCCCGCAGACAUCGCUGCCGCAGAGGGCAUCAGCUGGAGGUUACCCAGCGCCCCAUCCGACGAGGCCUCCUUCCCGGGCAAGGAGGCCCUGGCUGCUUUCCUGGGCUGGUUUGAUUACUGCGACCACCUUAUCAUGGAGGCACAGGCGGUGGUUGCCGAGGCCUUGGCAAGGGCCGUGGCACAGAAGUUGUUUGUGGAGACUCUGCAGCCACAGCUCCUGCACGUGUCUGAGCAGAGCAUUCUCACCUCUACCGCCCUGCUGACCGCCAUGCUGCGGCAGCUGCGCUCCCCGGCGCUGCUGCAGGAAGCCGUGGCCUUCCUCCUGGGCACCGAGCGGCAACCCGACACCCCCGAGGACGACCCUUGCACCCUGUGUGCCCACCUCAUCGGGCACUGCGACCACCUGUCAGAUGAGAUCAGCAUCGCCACGCUGCGGCUGUUUGAGGAGUUGCUGCAGCAGCCCCACCAACAGGUGCUCCACAGCCUGGUGCUGCGCCACCUCGAGGGCCGUCUCUAUGUGGCACGCGGCUCACCAGAGCCCGAGAACUAUGAAGACACCCUGGACCUGGAAGAGGACCCCUACUUCCCCGACAGCUUCCCUGAUUCCAGCUUCCGGCCCUCCACCAAGGUCCGGCCCCCUGCUCCCACCACCCGCCCUGGCUCUGAGCAGGAGGGUCAGACGGCAGUAACGGAGAUCGUCAACAGCUUCCUCUGCCUGGUCCCCGAGGAGGCCAAGACCUCGGCCUUCCUGGAGGAGACGGGCUAUGACACGUAUGUCCACGACGCCUACGGCCUGUUUCAGGAGUGCAGCUCCCGCGUGGCCCCCUGGGGCUGGCCCCCAACCCCUGCACCCUUGGACGUCCAGGAACCUGACAGGCCUUUCUUCGAGGGCCGAUUCCUUCGGGUGCUGUUUGACCGCAUGGCCCGCAUCUUGGAUCAGCCUUACAGCCUGAACCUGCAAGUGACCUCGCUCCUGUCCCGGCUUGCCCUCUUCCCCCACCCCCACGUCCACGAGUACCUGCUGGACCCCUAUGUCAAUCUGGCCCCUGGCUGCCGCAGCCUCUUCUCUGUGCUGGUCAGGGUAAUAGGGGACCUGAUGCAGAGGAUUCAAAGGGUGCCCCAAUUCCCAGGAAAACUGCUCCUGGUGCGCAAGCAGCUCACUGGUCAGGGCCCUGGAGAACAGCUGGACCACCAGACCCUCCUGCAGGGUGUGGUGGUGCUAGAAGAAUUCUGCAAGGAGCUGGCCGCCAUCGCUUUUGUCAAGUUCCCCCCACACGGCCCCCAGCUCAAGUUCCCCUCACCCCCGGAAGGGCAGGUCUGAGCUCAGAGGAGCUUCCUGCACGCACCUCUGCCUAAGCACGUGGCCUCCCUCCGUCUCUCCUGUCCUCGGGGGCUGGGGGUACUUUAGCUUCCAGGUCAAGGAACUCUGGGACCUGGUGGGCCACAGUGGACUGGGUCUCAGGGAUGCCAUGGGAGGGGGUGGCAAGAGAAAUGGCUUGGUUGGCAGGCAGCCCAUUGCCCUGGGAGCCCUCCCUGGAGGUGAGGCUGGCAUAUGCCAAGUGAGCCCCCAGACACUCACGUGCCACACGCCUGCUGUCCUCUGGACCAGCCAUGGGUGCUCAGGGCCGAGGUCUGUGACUGAACUGCAAGGGCCACGGAAAUGGCUGCGAGGUAGCCAGAAUCUCAGGCUAAGACACGUGGGUCAGGAGUCGUGUGUGUGUAACACCCAGGACCACAGCAGCUGCCGAGGCCCGACUCCCCUGCCUCGCUGUCUUGAGCCACGGAACGAGGCAGCAAAGGGGACUGAAGCGGAAGCGCCCACAUCACACUUCAUCCUCCUGGAGGCUCUUGCAAAAUUUCCAACCGCCUCAUGGCCAGUGCCCAAAGCAUGCUGUGUGCCCAGGCGGGGGCAGCUGCUAAUGAGAACUUAGGUGCAGCUGCAGCCAGGGGCAGGCAAGGAGGGCCCCCCCGCCCCGCCCCGGGGAGGGGGCGGGCAGGAGCCUGGUGCCAGGCUACAGUUGCAGCCGUGUUCUCUGGCGCCUUCUGAACCCGUCUCAGCAGGUCCAGCACACCUGGGCACAGAGGUCAGAGACCAGGGAGGCUGGCCCUGCCCCGUGUCUGGUGAUCCCCGAGGGAACACCCCUCCUCCUUGGGCCAGUGGGGACUACUCAGGGUAUACUGACUGAGAGGCCUGGCAGCAAGGGGCAGAGGCACAGGUAUCUGGUGGCCUUCCCCCUGCAUGCCCUCUGUGGCGGGUGGGCAGGCGGGCGGGCGGGCGGCAGCCCCACCCCGGGGCUCAAAUCUGUCCUGACCUGUAGGAGCACGCAGGGCGGGCAGGCGGCACCAGGCAUUACCUCACAGGCGAGCUGCUGUUGCUGGCUGGGCUUCCUGGGCCAGGAGGCAAGCGCAGGCCAGAGCCCCCCUCAUGCUUCCUCUUCCUGCCCAUGCUGGCUUCGGGCUGCCAGGAGGUGACAUGAAAGAGAAAACUUGGUGACCUCCGCCUCCUCUCCCUGCCCGCCUCCCGGGAUGGAGAGUAGCCUGCAUGCUGCUGGGAGCCUGCAUGAACACAUGGCAGGUGUGGGACAACGGCCAGCAGGUGGACCAUGCGGAUGAAGAGCUGGAGGUCCAGGCCCUCAGCUCUCGGCGGUACGCCCUGCUAUUUGCACGGUUACUCCCCAAGACAGCACAGCAAUAAACAGUGUGAGCUGGUG